CCUCCUGUCCCUCCUCCUUCUCCCUAGUGACGGUGAUACACCUGAGCCAGGUGAACAACACUUUACACCGGAAUAUCUGUAUAUCUAAUUUCAACCUCUCCUGCAGCCUCAGAGGAGAAAACCCGGACAUCUCAGUCGUUUAAAAACGUCCUCUGCGUGGGUCACCUGUGGAGGUUUGCUUUAUGUCGCCGUGUCCUUUCACAAUAAAGUGCUGAGUUUGAAUGGAUGACGGUAUGAAGACUCAGCUGGUGAGCGCCAUCCACCUGCAGGAUGUGGAACUGCAGGAGAAGCCUGCAGACAAGCAGCCGGGCGCCAACAACAACCGCACAGACGAGACGUUCACUGUCGAGGAGGCCGUGGAAACUAUCGGCUUCGGGCGAUUUCACAUCCUGCUGUUCGUCAUCAUGGGCAGCGCCAGCAUCGUAGAGGCGAUGGAGAUCAUGCUGCUGGCUGUCGUCUCUCCUGAGAUCCGCUGUGAGUGGCGUCUGGAGGACUGGCAGGUCGCUCUCGUCUCCAUGAUGGUGUUCCUCGGCUUCAUGGUGUGUGGAGUUCUAUCAGGAUACGUUGCAGAUCGAUACGGACGCUGGAAGGUUGUGUUCGGGGGCUUCGUGUGGAGCGCUUACUUCUCGUUGCUCACGUCGUUCGCUCCGUCGUACGGUUGGUUCAUCUUCCUGCGCAGCAUGGUGGGCUGUGGAAUCGCAGGAGCGUCACAGGGGUUCAUUUUAAAAACAGAGUUCAUUCCAGCAAAGCAUCGAGCGUACCUGCUGCCACUGGCCUCCAUCUUCUGGAUGUUGGGCUCCAUGCUGAUCAUCGUUCUCGGGAUGUCUGUGGUUCCCACUCUGGGCUGGAGGUGGAUGAUCAGGAUCUCCGUCACCCCGAGCAUCAUCCUCAUCUUCCUCUUCAAGUUCAUCCCUGAGUCCGCUCGUUAUAACGUGUCGGCGGGAAAAGUUCAGGCCGCCAUGGACUCUCUGCAGAAGAUCGCCGACAUGAACGGGACGUCUCUACCUGCAGGACGUUUGAUGGAGCCACCUGUGAGUGAGCGAGGCAGCUGGAGGAUUCUGCUGAGUUCAGUGUACAGGAGGACGACCCUGCUGCUCUGGUUCUCAUGGUUCGUGGCGUCCUUCGGGUACUACGGCUCGGUGCUGAGCAGCUCGGAGCUGCUGGAGAAAAACCUGCUGUGUGUGAAGGACGCAGACAUUGAACACCAGGUCAAACACCGCCAUGUGGACGGGCUGUGUUACUGCAUCCCCUUUGGACUCAACGACUACCAGACGCUGCUCAUCAGCUGCCUGGGAGAGGUCGCCCUGAUUCCCUUAAACAUCUGUCUGUUGAACGUUGUUGGACGUAGGCUGAGUAUGACUAUUAUGCAGAUGCUGGCGGCCAUUUUCUUCCUGAUGCUGAACAUCUGCACCACCAUGUAUGGAUUCACCGUUCUUCUGUUCCUGCUCCGCUCGCUCGUCUCCAUGAACUUCAAUGUGGUUUAUAUUUACACCGCAGAGGUGUAUCCCACGGCGGCGCGCUCUCUCGGGUUGGGUUUCUGCACGUCGUUUAGUCGUAUCGGGGGAAUGAUCGCUCCUUUCAUCGCUCAGGUGCUGAUGUCUCAGUCGGUGAUUCUGGCGCUCUGUCCGUUCGCCGUGGCCUGUGCGGUCUGCGCUCUGGGAAACUUCCUGUUGCCGAUAGAAACGAAAGGACGAGCACUGCUGCAAAACUCCUGAGGAAUAAUAAUUAUUAUCCCGAUGGGACCGGAGAACGCUGCUGUUAUGUUAAUAAAACGUUUUGUAGAGUGUAAAAGCUUUUUUCUGCCUUGAAUUAAAUGAAGUCUCAGAAGUUAAGAACUUUAAGUUUUUGAUUCUUUUGAAUCAUAAACUCCUAAAAAUGUAAAUUUCUACAUUUUAAAGUAGAAUGAUGUCACUUUAAAUUCUCAUCGCUGUUAUUGGUGCAGUUACCACCUCUGACCACUAGAGGGAGCCACUCUCUUUACAUGUAACUUCAUAACAAGUCUGUAUGUUUAAAUAACUGAAUUAAAUCACUUUAUUUAAAGUUUUAUUAAUGUCUGAAAUUGAACUUUUUUUUCUGUUUGUCAGUAAAAAUGGAUUUUAAGUGCCAAUAAAGUUUUUUUUUUU